AUAAAGACGUAACGUUCUGAAAAUGGAAACCCCUUCGGCAGUUCAUCGUUAUCGCAAUAGUUUUUCUAUAGAAAAUAUUCUAUCAAAACCAAGACCGGUUAGUGGUGAAAUCAAUCAUAAAAAUAACUAUGAUUUAAAUAUAACAGUACAUGAUCACUGUACUGAAUAUUUAAAUGGUGAUCGUGAUAAAUUACAAAGUGUUGGUGGUGAAAUGAGAGCUUCAAGUCCUGAAUCGAGUUUCAAUGAGGAUAAUUUAGAUGAUGCUAAAAGUGAUGUUACCUCAGAAGAUGAUCAUGGUUCCAAUGACGAUCGUAAAAAACGUCCACGCACUGCAUUUUCAGCCUCUCAAAUUAAAGCUUUGGAAACGGAAUUUGAAAGAGGCAAAUAUUUAUCUGUUGCUAAAAGGACAGCUUUAGCUAAACAAUUGCAUUUAACUGAAACUCAGAUCAAAAUAUGGUUCCAAAAUCGCCGCACUAAGUGGAAACGUAAAUACACUGCCGAUGUUGAAACCCUAGCUUCACACUACUAUGCCCAAUUGGGCAUUGGCGGUUUGGCCCGACCAAUGGUGGUGGGCGAUCGUCUGUGGUUAUUUAGUCAAACUCCAGCCGGUCCGGCUCCCCUACAAUCCAUAAUGCUAAAUAGUCCGCCACCAGCAAAUGCACCUGCCUCAGCAAUAGCACCCUUAGCCGCCAGCCAGCUGAGAGCCUACCCCGGUUCGGCAAUCAUGCAGCCGCAUGUGGCCAAUGCCAGUGUCAUAGAAAGUGCCCGCAAUGCCAUACUCUCCAGCGGGCAACCUUUAAAUUAUGCCUUACCACCAUAUCUAACGCCACGCUCACCUGCCAGCUCAUCCACCUCAAAUCUGUCCUCAUCUCCCAGAUAUUUGGAUUAUGCAACUGCCGCAAAUCUUUAUCAGAAUGCAGCAGCUCCUUCGGAUUCCUAUUUACAAAUGAAAUACAAUGUUUUGAAUAAUUUAGCAAUGCCAGAGGCAGAAACAUCGACCAGUUCGAAUGGUCUGGCCGAAUUGGAACGAGUAUUUGGUGAUACGAAUGCCAACUUUUUGGAGCAUAAAUCGCUAAAUGGAGAAAAGGGAGGAGGUAAGACGGAUUUUGGUUUUAAUGGUUUGGCGGUAACGCAACGUUCGGUUAAGACGGGCCAGGAAACGGACUCCGAGUGCAGUGACAUCGAUUGUGAGCAAAUUGAUGAUGAAGAAUAGCUGCUAUUAUUUAAGAUUAAUUGUUUUUUUAUAAAUUAAACUAUGUACCAAAGAAAAUUAAUUAUUUAUUGUAAACAGGUCAAUUGAAAAAAGUCUUUGUCUUACUUAAAUUAGAAAUACAUAAAUAAAUUUUAAAAUAAUGUUCCUAAAAAUGUUUAAGUAAUAAAAAUAAAUAAAUGGGAAAUAAAUACAUACAGUGUCUCUCAUAAGUAUAUGAA